AAUAGCACUGCAUAAAUGUGUCUAUAAAUGUGGCCAAAAAGUUAGCCAUGAAAAGCAAAGGCAUUAGAGAUGGCUGCUUAUGGAGUUGUUCAAGAUGAAGAAAGCCUUAGUGGCAAUAAGAUACAACCGGUAGCCUCUACGCCAAUGUCUGAGCAACAAAGCACCAGGGUAGGGAAGAAGCAAAUCUCCCCCACAUUGAGAAACAUAUUAGGCUUUGAAGAGCUUUUCUCUUUGACGGUAUGGAGAGCAUCUUUGGCAGAACUCUUAGGCACUGCAAUUCUUGUAUUUGCAAUAGACACUAUAGUCAUUUCCACUAUAGAGAGCGAAACAAAAGUACCAAACCUUAUACUAUCAUGCCUUGUUGCCAUCAUAAUAACAAUUCUCCUUAUUGCUACAUAUCCAAUAUCUGGUGGUCACAUUAAUCCUAUUGUUACCUUUUCUGCUGCACUCAUUGGCCUUAUUUCCAUAUCAAAAGCCUUCAUAUACAUUUUGGCUCAAUGUAUUGGUGGGAUUGUGGGUGCACUAGCACUAAAAGCAGUAGUCAACAGCAACAUUGAGAGAGUAUUUUCACUAGGAGGUUGCACUCUUACUAUUGUUGCACCAAGUGCUCAUGGUCCUGUUACUAUCGGUCUUCAAGUUGGCCAAGCCCUUUGGUUAGAGAUUAUCUGUGGGUUUGUUUUUCUUUUUGCUUCAGUUUGGAUGGCGUUUGAUGACCGUCAAGCAAAGGCCCUGGGAAGAGUUGUGGUUUUCAUUAUUGUUGGGGUUGUCCUAGGCCUUCUUGUGUAUGUCUCGACUUCGGUUACAACUGCUAAAGGCUAUGCUGGAGCUGGGAUAAAUCCUGCAAGGUGCUUUGGGCCAGCAAUUGUCCGAGGUGAUCAUCUUUGGAAUGGGCAUUGGGUGUUUUGGGUGGGGCCAUUUAUUGCUUGUGUGGCAUUUACUUUGUACACUAAAAUUAUUCCUCCUCAACUUACUCACACAAUGUAGAAUUAAAAAUUUAUUUUGUUUUCUUGAUUAUAUGGAAGAAUGUUAUAUCAACCAAUAAAAAUAAUGUCUUUUUUUGAAAAAACCAAUAAAUAUAAUGUUAGGAAGUUAGACUUGUGA